CGAAAUAGCAGUCGUUCUGCCUAUCGGUCAGCACCCGCUGCGCAAAGAGCAUUCCGUUCGCCUGAAUCUGGCGUGCUUCUUUAUCAUGUGCCCGUGCCCACUCGACCUUCUCCACCAGAUCCGACAAGUCAAUCUUCACGGGGAUGUAGUGCUCAUAGGGACGCAGCCAGUCGCUGAAGUAUUCAGUGAAUGCGCUCGCCUUGAAAACGAGCGACCCGGAUCUCAGAAGACCCAGAUACCUUCCGGAAAACGUGUUUCCAUCGACAUCGAGGGCGAACUUGUACUGAUACACUUCUUCGCGAGGACUGAAACCGCCUGGGACGAGAUACUCGGCGAUGAUGGGCCCCGCAUCGCAGUCGUACUCGGGCUUGCAGUGCUCUGCGUACCACCCCGUCAUGCGAGCGUUGAUGAUAUCCGGUCGGGAGGCAGCGAUCUUGACGAGCCGGAAGCGGGAAAAUUUGUGAUAGUUGUCGUUCAAGAUGGUCCCUCCGUUCGACGAACCCCGCCAGUCUGGGUCGAGCUUGAGAUAUCGUUCGGGCGGCUGAACUUUCCUGACCACUGCGACGAGUCGUAGUAGUAUUGGCCCGGGAACAUGAUGUCCGCGAAGCAGCUCGAGGUGGUCUUGGUCAUGCUGAGGAGCGGAUACAAGUCGGUCGUGAAGUCGGAGCUGGAGCUGAAGUUGAUGACUGCAUUGGGGACAGUGCGUCGAUUGAGGUCCCCUUCUCGGUCAAGAUCGUCCGACACUCGGCACGUUCUUUGAAGAAAUCAGAAGUGGGUGCCGGUCGGAUGCGGAAUGGUUGGGUGUCCG